GUCAAAUCCUACGAUAGUGAAACCAUAACAUUUCCAGCUAUGUGACACCAGUAUUGACAUUUACCUACGUGAUUAUUUGUUUUAGUCGAUGUUUGUUUGAAAGCACUAGCUAACAACAGUAACUUAACGAGAUUAAUGUUUUCUCCUGCGCGAUCUAUUUGUGUUGUUCAAGACAGUGCUCUGUCAGCGCAAACAUGACUAAUGGGACAGGGUAAGGCGGGAUUAUGGAGGAUAUUAUUUGUGUCAGCUCGGGCAGCGAAGACGACUCUGAUUUAGAGGUUAUAAGCAGUUAUAAUGAAGACAAAGAAGACGCAAUUCCGUUCAUUCGAGCACAAUGGCUCCCAGUCACACCUGUCCUCAUCGAUAUCACGGGCCACAGCUUCACCCCUGCAAGGCGAAGAUGCUCAAGAAGAGAUACGUGUUCCUCCCUAGAAGUUAUAGAUUUAAGUGAAGACGAUCCUCCUGAUGAUGUUAACGUGCAGAAACCAUCGCCGACUUUGCCGUCAGUAGAAAGCAGAGACAAGAAAGCGCAUGCAACACCGACAUCUUUAGGAAAACCCCAAGAAUCACAAUCUCAAACCAGCAUUGGCAAAGAUGUAGCUAAUUCAGGGUGCUUUGUAGGAAGCGGUGUGCAGUUUGGUGCCUGUAAGUCACUCAGUCAGGAGAACACUCCCACAGAUGUGCUCCAAAGAACGGAAGAUUAUUUGCAUCCGGACACAAAUUGUAAUUCAAGCUUGCCGUCUGAGCAGCUGAGCUGGGAUAAGUCUUUGGAACACUGCAGGUCCAAUGAUAAAAGUCAAAAUCCGUUCAAAAAUGAAUCUGAAGUAUUAAAAAACUCUAGUGCAGAUGUAUCGCAGAACACUAAAGACACACAGCUUAGUGCACCAGCUGUCUGCAGCACAGAAGCAGACCAAGAAGACAAUCUCGACUCAUCGCAGAAAUGGGAAGACAGUAUUCUCUCUCCUUACAAUCUUGACAGUCCGUAUUACUGUCCGAGUGAGGUAGAUGCUUAUAUAUUCUCUGAUUCAUCCAAUAAGUCUGAAGACGAUGAUCAUCCGUGUACAACAUACGACAGUCAACAGUCAACCUCUAAGCUUCCUUCUGCUACUCAUACUGCAUCAGUAUCCAAUGCACUUUCAUUAAAAGAGGAGGGUGAAGCGAUGAAUAUCUGCAGAAAUGAGGACCUACAUACUCAGGUUCAUCCCAAGUCUUUGUCUCCCUCCAUACCUACCUCAUCUAGGGUAUCGCCCCCUUGGAGCCCUGAACUUUCGUCUAGACAGAGUAAACCCAACAGUCCCACAUCCACAGAGAUUCUUGCCAGCGACACAGCAGCACAUUCCCCCAAUCUGUCUACACUGAGCUCAACAAGUAGCCCCCUCAGCCUCCUCAUUUCGCAGCCCUCCUCGCCAAGUUUUCCAGAGAGUACAGAGCAAAAGAGAAAUUAUUUAGACGCAGGAUCUCCAGAAAGCCCUCCCAUCAGGGUUUGGGAGACGAGCAGGGAUGGCGACAAUAAAAAUGUGCUGGAUAACUUGGAGUCAGAUCUCUCUGAAAACAACUCGGAAGAUAGACAGCAUAUCUGUCUGACUCAGUACAAGAAAUUAAGUCAGUGCAUGAGUGGAACGGUUCCACAAAUGGAUGAAGAUGAGGAAGAUAAACACUAUGGUCCCGCUGAGCCUCUAUGCCGUCAGAGCCUUAGCUUGGUCUACAGCACUAUUGAGGAGAAUUACCCAGAAGGCACUCUUCAGCUGCUCUCUGACUUCAUUCAGCCUCGCUAUUACCCACCGGUGGAUAUUACGACACAUCUGCUCAAGGGGAUUCUCUUAAACCCACAAAGCCCUGAUGUUUUUGUCAUAGAGGCCUAUAACCUAUUGAUGAAGACUCAGAGAUACCACCCUGUGGAUGCUUCUACAGUCCCGUGGGAUUGGGAACUGAUGAAGUCAGUUAUGAAGAAACAGGAUGACACUAGCAGGUUGCGGACGGAGGUCCAGUACAUGUUCCUGCAAUAUGCGUUGCAGGUUUUAGAAGAUGAUUUUCAUUUUAAACUCAGUACUCAGAGUCUUCAUCAAUCUAUUGCAAAGAAGAUGCUUGGAAGUGGAACAACUGGGCAAUUCAAGAACAUAGUAAGUUGGUUGAUGAAUGCUGCUAAGGAGUCACUGAACCACUCAAAAGAUGAGGAGCAUCCAAAGAAAGAGGACAACUAUCUUAAGAUUGUAUUAUCUCUUCAGAGAAUGUUAACAUUGGCUGUGGAGGUGGACAUCAACCCCGACUACAAAUCAGAAAGAAUUUCAUUAGAGCUCCUCAGUUGUCUUAAUGAAAUGCAUUCUUGCAGGCAGAUAAGACUCUUAUUGUUAAGGACUCUGGAUAGCAAGCUGCUGACAUGCACGUUGUUGAAUCUGCUUCUGGGUGAGGCUUGUUCUCUGGAAACUCGCCCAUGGGGAAACUCGCCCAUGUCUCUAAAACUGCUGCUACACUACCUCAAGAGCUCCACACUGGCCUCAGACCCCUCUGAUGCAGCAGAAAAGUGGAGAAAAUGGGAUGAGCUACUUCAGCUUCUGUGGAUGCUGAUGCUCAGUUAUGAAGAAGUUGUGACAGGUCAUCUACAUCGCCCCAUCACAAACCGUUCUGAUAAAAGACAUGCUCUGAUCUGGACACAGAAUGAUCGGAUGACACGUUCCGAAGUGCAAAAGGCAACAGCCACCUUCCAAUCACGAGCAGCGGAUGACAUCGGCCAUCCUCUUCCCAUGGAAAUGCAGAAUUUACUAUCUCAACUACAAGAACACAUAACUGACAUGCCCAGUGUUGUUUCAAGUCGUUAAAUCUUUUAUAAUAACUUUAUUUUGACAGUUUUUUAAAAUAAAUUUAUUUUUUAUACAAUAUUUGUGUUUACUACAAACACUAAUCAAGAUCUAUUAUUAUUAUUAUUAUUAUUAUUAUUAUUAUUAUUAAGUAGUAGUACAGUAGCAGUAAUAGUAGUAUGCUCUCCCCAUGUAAAUCCAGGAUUUACAGUUUCAUCUACAGGUACACAUAACUAAUGUGUCUGGUGUUACUUUAAAUUAUUAAACCUUUAAUAAUAAUAAUGAAUGAAUGAGGCAUUUAUGUAGCGCUUACAUUGUGUAUUGCCAUACACCCAAAGCGCUUUACAAUCAUAUGGGGGAUCUCUCCUCAACCUCCACCAAUAAUAGUCUAGUCUAUAACAGUCUAACAAAAAUAAAAACCCAGACACUUCUAGAGCCAGCAAAUUAUAUUUUAAUGUGACAUUUUGGUGAUGCAACCUUCAUUAGAAAUUUCUUUUAUUAAACAUUGCCUUAAAACAUGAUUUGCAAACUAUAGCAGUGUGUGGGAUUUCUAAUUGCUUGUAUUUCUUCCUGUGCACCUGUUCAAGCUUUUGAACAGUAUGAUUUUUAAUGUUUUUUGAAGAAUUUUUUUCUGCUCACCAAGCGUGCAUUUAUUUGAACCAAAGAACAACAAAAGCAGUACAAUUAUGAAAUAUUUUUACUAUUUAAAACA